UUACGGAGCAGAAGGUUGUUGCCAUCUUUUUAAGACUAAAUGAGUGGGCCGCACGGGGAAACAGCAAUGUCUGGCAAUGGCAAGGAAGAACGAAAAAAAGCGGGGGGCGGAGUGAUUAACCGACUAAAGGCACGGCGCAUACAAGGGGGAGAAGCUAACGUCAGCAGUACAGGGAAAGUGACUCCAAUUACUGAGCAGGAGCUGCUGGGCCUCAGCGAGCUGAAACCGGAACAUGUUUUGGGCCUACGCCGGGUCACUGAGAAUUAUCUAUGUAAACCAGAAGAUAAUAUCUAUGGUAUUGACUUCACACGGUUCAAGAUCAGAGAUCUGGAGACAAGCACAGUGCUGUUUGAGAUCUCCAAGUCCUGCUCAGAUCAAGAAGAUGAAGAUGACGACAGUGGACCCCUAGAUACCAGUGCAGGGCGCUUUGUACGUUAUCAGUUUACCCCAGCCUUCUUGAAGCUUCGAAAAGUUGGUGCAACGGUGGAGUUUACUGUUGGGGAUAAACCUGUACAAAAUUUCCGUAUGAUUGAGAGGCAUUACUUUCGUGACCGUAUCCUCAAGAGCUUUGACUUUGAUUUUGGCUUCUGCAUUCCCAAUAGCAGGAAUACAUGUGAACACAUGUAUGAGUUUCCACAGCUGUCUGACGAUCUGAUUCGACUGAUGAUUGAAAAUCCCUAUGAGACACGAUCUGACAGCUUCUACUUUGUGGAUAAUACGCUGAUUAUGCAUAAUAAGGCAGACUAUGCCUAUAAUGGUGGGCAGUGAAGACCAUUAUCUACCGCACAGCUUGUACUGUUGGCUAAUGCAUUACUUGAUGUGAGGAGCCGGUGUUCUACUGGGGAAUAUCACUUUUCAGCCCUCUCCUGUUACAUCAGAAGCACUGUUCAACCUAAAGAAAUUCAAUAGUUAUAAUUGAAAGACUUUGAUUAUUUUUAUUUAUGUUUUAAACUACACCGGUGGGCUUUACUGUUUGUAGAGUAGGAUAAACAAUACUUCCUUAUUCUGUUCCUCCACUUGCUAAAGCCAAGGGUAUAUUAUCAGGUCUCAUGUCAGUAUGUGUUCAUACCUGUGCCUUGUAUGUGAGACUGCCUCAUAACAGCAGCUGGCUUUGAAAUGUGUGCCUUCCCUUUACUACAUCACUUCCUUUGCCAGAGAAAGGAACAAUACAUUCUCACCAGUUCUCACAUGUGGCUUAAGCAGAUUCUGCCUUGUCUACACCUACGGAUCUGGUUUCAGUUACUGUGCAGACUGCAUAAGCAGUGUUUUACAGAUGCACCUUUGUUUGUUUUUUUAAAAAGCUUCCGACCAGAUAAAAAAGCAAUAAUAUUUCUGAACAAGAAAGAACGUAAUAGCUGUGGAAUACUUAUAUUGUAAUAUAAACAUUAAGUUGUGAAUAUCAGCAGUUAUAAAUGUGUGGACAUUAUGCACCGAUUGGAUGUUGAUCAUUGUUACAAGGAAGUUUUCACCACAAUGGGCAAUGCCACGAUUUGUAUAGAAAGUGUUCUGACUGAGCUGUUCUACUCAGCUGUUAAUGUUGGCAAUGUUCAUUGGCUCACCUACUGUAAAAAGUAUGAUGCUAUCUUUACCUCAACCUCUGACUUGGUGACCAAAACCCCACUGAUACUGUUUUCUUUUGUACAAAGUGUUCUUUCGCUGUGCCAUGGCAUACACAUCCCUUUUUUCUAGCCCUAUAAUAUAAGACUUGAGAAUUCACAGUUCCGUGCUGAAGUUGUAUGAACUGACGAUUCUUCUUGGAAAAACUGGAGAAGAUUACUUUGUAUUCAUGGUAUUCUUGGAAAAACUGUAAAAGGUUACAGUAUAUUGAAUGGGAUUCCUCUUGAGGAAACUGGAUAAGCUUAUAGUAUAUUCAGUGGAAAUAUUUACAAUGUUACACAAAAUCCACCUGACAAUUUGUACAGUGUAAAAAGAUAAGUAAACUUUUUAGUACAUGGAAGGGUAAGAACAAAUGAAGGAUAAUAGAAUCCAAAUUUAAAGACUUAUCUGUUGCACUAUUGGAAAUGUAUUUCCGCUGAUGUUACAAUGUAGCAUUAAUAGUUUGUUUUAUAUAUAAAAUGUAUUUUUUAUUUAAAAAAAAAGUUUCCUGGAUUCACCAGUAAUAAAAUGUAUAUCUAAGCUUA